AUCAAAAAUAUAUGAAGCGUAUGGCAUUUACUUUUAAUGAAAUUUUUUCUUGCAAAAUUCUAUUUGAUACAAGGUUAGAAGCACUAUCUUUACAUUCAUACGAUGACCGAAUCAAGGCUUGGGAAGAAGAACGUAAAAUGAAGAACUGUAUCCUGUUUGAUUUUUAUGAGCAAGAGCUCAAGGCUGUAGGCGCGUAUAUUAAUGCUUUGGAAAGA